UCGACGGCAGCGCAGGAGAACAACGGGGCGGCUUUUGCUGUUGCGCCGCAUCGCCGCGUCCCGCGCGCGCUGCACUUAUUCGCAUAGCGAGAAGUUGAACGUAGAAUCGGCGGUCGCUCGGACUGAGUAUUCGAAACUCCUGGAGUCCCGCUGUUGCUUGUUAGAAGAUCCGAGUGCGGUGUUCCCGAGACCCUCGUGUCCCGCUGACCCGGGUGAGAUGCCUCGGUCCCUGGAGCCAGGCUUUGCUCCGAGCCACGCCGUGCGGAAGCUCUUCGGGCUCUGAAAGCCGCGCAUCGGCACCUUUUUCUAACGCUCUCCCGAGUCCGAGCGGCUGCAGCGGUUGAAACCGGGUGGUGAGGGGCUCCAGGGAAACUUGUUCAGCGAAAUGCCAGUGGACAGAUCGGCAGCAAUGGAGGAGAAAAUGCGAAUCCUGGAGGAUCUCAACAUGAUCUACAUCAGGCAGAUUGCCCUGAGUCUGCAGGACAGUGAUAUCCAGAAGAAGAUUGACUAUGAGAUCCGGAUGCGGGAGGGAACCUGCAAACUGCUGGGGGCCUGUUCCCAGAGGGACCAGGCGCUGGAGGCCGCCAAGAGCCUGCUCACAUGCAACGCCCGCAUCCUGGCCUACAUGUCAGAGCUUCAGCGCAUGAAAGAGGCCCAGAUCCUGCAGAGAGCAGCACGCAGGCCAUCAGAUGCUGAUCCUUUGGACGAACGACUCCCCUGCAAGGGCAAAGUGGCCAUCUCAGAUCUGCGCAUCCCGCUCAUGUGGAAAGACACAGAAUACUUCAAGAACAAAGGAGAGCUGCACCGCUACGCUGUCUUCUGCCUGCUUCAGCUGGGCGGCGAGAUCCACGACACGGACAUGGUGAUGGUGGACCGGACCAUGACGGACAUCUGCUUUGACAGCACCAUCGUGUUCAACGAGGCCGAACCCGGGUUCGAGCUGCGCGUGGAACUCUACAGCUGCUGCACAGAGGACGAGAGUUCCACGGGCGGUGCGCCCCGUAAACUGGCCAGCCGACUAGGAAGCUCCUUGGGCCGCUCCUCGGGGAGGAAGGUCCGCACGGGGCUGGAGUCUCCGGGAGGAGGGAGCCCGGUGGGCAAUGGGGGUGGGACCCCCCUACUUCUGUCUGUCCCCUCCACUCCGGGACCCAAGUACCACCUGCUGGCCCACACCUCGCUGACCUUGGCGCACGUGCAGGACGGCUUCCGCACACAUGACCUGUCCAUCACAGGAAAUGAGGAGUGCUCCUACUGGCUGCCCUUGUACGGCAGCAUGUGUUGCCGCCUGGUGGCUCAGCCGCGCUGCAUGACUGACCAGAUGAUGAGCGGCCGCCUCACGGUCAAGCACCUCGGGAGCGAUAAUCAAAGCUGGACAGACGUCUACGGUGUCCUGAAGGGGACAAACCUCUUCUGCUACCACCGGGAGGAGGAUGUCGACGCCAAGGUGGAGCCAGCUUUCACGAUCGCCAUUAACAAGGAAACAAGGAUCCGGGCCACAGAGAAAGAGCCCUGUAGCAAAGCACAGAGCAUCUCCAUCAGCAACCGGUACGGUGGGGAGGAGGUGACGCACACAGUGGCUGUGGAGAGUCGUGAGGAUGCGCAGCGCUGGAUGGAGGCCUUCUGGCAGCAGUUCUAUGACAUGAGCCAGUGGAAGCAGUGCUGUGACGACCUCAUGAAAAUUGAGAUGCCAUCUCCACGGAAACCCACUCCCACUGUGGCGAAGCAAGGCUCUCUGUACCACGAGAUGAUUAUUGACACGUCAGAUGAUAUUGGAACGGUGACCGACAUUCUGACAAAGCGCAUGCAAGAGGUGCAGUUUUCCAGUCAGAUGGUGGGACGCUUUCCCUGGGCAUCCUUGUUUGCGGCGGCGCCUCCAACCCACUCUCAUCCUUCACGGGCUGCCGCUGGGCUUAGCCCCCGCCUCCACAGCCGUGUUCCUCGCAGCCCCCGCGUUGCCCGGCCCGGCCACCCCUCCUCCAGCGCCAGCCUGGCCUCUGAUAGCAGUAGCCCCCUCAGCACCAGUCCCAGCUCCCCCCGCAGGUGGCCAGAUUCCCCGCGCCCCCACUCUCGACCCCGCACCCUCUCUCUGGACGCCAAGCUCAGCAGUCUGCGAGGCCGGGGGUAUGUGGCUUCUCCUUGCAGUCAUCUUCCCCAGGAACUCCUCCCUGCUCCGUCCUGCUCCAGUACUUCCAGUCACAGCUCUAGCGAGGGCAGCACCACUUCAGAAUCAGAUGGCAACCCCUUCCCUCGUGCCGUCACGGGACGCCGUAGCCUGAGGAAUUUGCGUGCUAAGCUGGACCCUCGUAACUGGUUACAGAGUCAGGUGUAACCCCCCACCUCGUACCCUUUCCUUGUAGAGGAAAUUCUCCUGGGAUGCACUGGAAUUGUUGCCACGCGCGGAUGGGCUGGUCCUAGAACCAUUAAUUUACCAGCUGCACGGUCUAUAUUUUACAUGACAUGUUUCACUCGGAGACAGUAAGGACCAGUGCACCAUAUGCUUUGACAAGACCUUGUUUUAAUAUUCCAGAACUUAUUUUGUUCAUGAACUAUGACGGUAACGGAAAUGGGAGGAACUUUCAAACCAAACAAACAACAUCCUGAAUUUCAAAUCAACAGAGAUAUAAUAUUAGCUGUGAAAAGUGAAAUAUCUAAAAUUGUACCAUUUUUCUUCAUGACUGUUUGUGUUUGCACAGUAGCCUUCGAGUUCAUCGGAGAUGAGAUUCUCUGUAAAGCCAUCUACCUUGCUGUACUGGAAGCCUAUUUUCAACACAGAAUUUGGUGUUGUAUAUAUUUAGGUGGUUAUCAGACAUAGCUGCAGUACAAUGCCCAAAAGCCUUCAGUAAUUUACCUUAAAUCAGGCCUCCUAAACUCAAAUACAUCUGAACUGUAUUGUAAAUAAGGCUACAUGUUUUGUAUUCAUUAAAGUUUAUUACUAAAUGCCUGUCAAUACAUGAAAAACAGUAUAAAAUCUAGUAUACACAUGUGAUUAUUAAAUGCUUUGACCUGUUUCUCCCUGGAGCAGUGGUACCAUUUGUUUUUUUUGUUUUUUGUUUUGACAAUACAUCCUCUUCAAUUAACAAUUAAUUGUUCAGUUUCUUUAAGACAUCUAAAUAUUAUGAGAAUUUAUAUAAUUAAAAAUAAAUUGCUUAACUGUACAUGGCUUCUUUGGAAGUGGAACUGAAAUUAAGUCUAUUUCUGUGCUAGUGACUUUAUAGCAAAAUAAUUUUCAGUGAAUUUUAGUUUAUCCAUCUGAAUGUAUCUAUGACAGGUAGAUCAAUGGAAAACAUGAAACAAGAACUUUUUUUCCUACAACUUCUUAAGAUAUGAGUAUAAACACACUGGUGACAUAGCAGUGAAACAUUUUAAUGAAGCCUUACCGUCUGCUGCGCCACUGGUGCAGUAUGUUCUAGUCAUGGUACAUUGAUCUCCAUAUCUAGUUUAAACAAAAGCAACAAUUGAUACGCUGGACAACAGUGAUAGAUAGUAGAGAGAUUACAUUUUCUUAUACCAGUUAUAGUCACUCUUAUGCCAGCAACUUAUGUUUAAGUUAUGAGGAACCUAUUUAAGUACUCCCUCCUUCAUAUGGAAAUAUAUGUUAUAAAAUGAUUACAUGCUGAAUAACAUUAUAACAUGCUUUGGAAGAAUGGAUGGAAGAGGCAAAUGAAAAACAAUGGUGAGGUAUGAGGAACUGUUGGAGCAGUGCCACCCAAAACAUUGCAAGACAAGGUGUGUGUCCACUGGAGUUGGCUGCAGGAAACUGGCAGGGAGCUCUUUGUAUUUGGCCUAUAGUAUGUUGGGUAUCAUGGGCAGUCGGAGGAGAAGGGUCAGGAGAGUUGAUACUGAGUAUGUAGAGAGAAAAUCAAUGGUUGUGUAUCAGGAGUGGUGAACCGCAAAUUUAAGGCAGCACUACAUGACCACAGGCCAGUAUCUGAUCAGUUCUGGUCAGGUCAACUGGACAAGGGUGCUAAUGCUGAAAGAACCAAAACACCCCCGACCCCAGGAUACAUCAUUAAUGAUGUGCCUAGGUACAUCACAAUAAAAGUGUCAUAUAAAUAAGCUCACUCUUACACCAGGAACUGAUGAUGUUUAAGUUGUGAGGAGCCUUUUAAGCACAUCCUCCUUCAUGUGGAAAAAUACUUCACAGUCUAUGAAAAAAUAGUUUUCAUGUUGUCACCUGUUGUAUCUCAGCGUGCACCUAGAAAACCAUUUGUAUGUUUUAACAAGUAUAUGAGAAAGAUUUUACACAUGUUCAACAUAUUUCUCUGUGCUCUGCUGAUCCAGAAAAUGCAGAAUGAUUAGUAACUGUUGGCAUCAUCCUCAAACAUUGAUUUAAUGAGGUCCUGAGAUUCAUAAUUGCAAUUUGUGCCACGUUGGCACAGGUUUUUUGGUUUGUAUUACCUGUAACUGAAAAUGUAUUUAUUUUUUGGCAAGCACACAACUAUAUGUUGACUUGUUGGUGAACCAUCAAGUAAAACAUUUGGGGGAGAAGUCAUGUUAUUAGUCAUACCUCAAGGAGCAAUUAGAUCUCUGAAACACUACACAAGAGAAAAUGCAUGUAUAAUGACAGAAGUGAGACAUGCAUUGCAGUGUGAAUCACCAAACUGCCACUUUGUACAUUUUUUUCUAAACAAUUUCUCUCUACACUCCAGUUCGUGUGAAUAACUUUAAAGUUUGUAUAUGCAAGACUAACGUGAAAUAAAACAAUG